AUGCUUGCACUCUCCUUCGUCUUAUUGCUACCAGCGUUGUGCUACGGGGUCCCAGUCGCCGAGGUCGAUGGAACGGCCAUCAUGGGAAAAACCCUUGAGCAUACCAGACAGGAGGUCUUUAGAGGUAUCCCCUACGCAGAGGCGCCCAUUGGGGAACUGCGAUUCCAACCUCCCAGACCCAAGAAGCUACCUACCUUGAUAAAUGCCACCGAGUUCGGCGUAGCUUGCCUUCAACCGUUCGCAAAGCCGGACACGCAAAUGUCUGAAGAUUGCCUAACUGUAAACAUCCAGCGUCCUCCGGGGACCAAUGAGACGAAUUCGUAUCCUGUAAUGGUCUGGAUUCACGGAGGCGGAUUCUAUGGCGGACGAUCCUCAGGCUCUGAUUUAAACGCAUCUAACUUGAUCUCGUAUAGUGUCACAAGAGGGACGCCUAUUAUCUAUGUCAACUUGAACUAUAGACUGGGGGGCCUUGGCUUUCCCCAAGGUGCGAGGGCAGUCGAUAGAGGCUCCCUCAAUCUUGGCCUGAAAGACCAGCUGCUGGCAAUACAAUGGGUCCACGACCAUAUCGCCGCAUUUGGUGGAGAUCCCAACAAAGUUACCCUCUUCGGCGAAAGUGCUGGUGCAUUCUCAGCUGCCACUCAUCUGUUCAACCCGGCCAUUGAGAAGCUGAUCGCCGGCGUCAUCCUAGAAUCCGGUACCGCAGCGGCGUCACGCGCUGAGCUGCGCGAGGGUUUCUGGCAAACAUUUGCCGCAGCCGCUGGUUGCGACGAACAGGAUCCAUGGGAUUGCUUGAUGGGAGCAGAUUCAGAUGAGUUGUUGAAGGCCACCAAGGCGGUGACCGUCUGGGACGCUCCGAUCAACUUUGUUCCAGUGAUCGACGGCGACGACGGCCUCAUCCCGGACUACCCAUCUCGUCUUUAUGAAUCAGGUCGAUUUGUUAAAGUGCCUGUACUCUCAGGAGUCAAUCUUGACGAAGGUGCAGUGUUCGCUCCUGAGAGCACCUCCUCGAGCGAAGAGAUCAGGGCUCGCCUUCUCGGGACAUAUCCAAGCUCUGGAGCCGAGUCCCAGGCCCAGAUUGAGGAAGUCGUGGACAAGUUGAUGGAACUUUAUCCGGAUAUCCCUGCCCUUGGAUCUCCAUAUAAUACUGGAAACGAGACGUUCGGACUCAGCAGUCAAUAUAAACGCUUGGGCUCAUUAUUGGGCGACCUGACGUUCGUUGCGCCAGUCCGAUUGCACUUGAAGGCGCUGGCGAAAGCGGAUGUGAAGCUUUACAGUUACUUGUUCACAGAAGAUUCGGGAGCACGUCCACCUCAGGAAGGGAUUGCUCAUACCGACGAGAUCGCCUACGUCUAUGGGCAACCACCUGCACCGGUCUCACCCUCGUCAGCACGACUUACAGGUCUGAUCAUGGAUUAUUGGCUCUCUUUCGCUUAUGAACACCAUCCCAACGAUGGGCGCGGUCACAAUCGGCAAGAGUGGCUCCCUUACACGGAGGAAUCUCCGGUUCUCAUGCAACUUAACGGCGUAGACCUCAGGAUGAUCCCAGAUAAUUACCGGGAAGAACAGAUAAACUUCAUCAUCUCAAAAGCAGACGUCUUAGGACUAUAG